AUGUCCCCACAGCCUGGAGAGGAUGUUUCGUCGCCGGAUUCCAUACGCCCCAGCGGCAUCGCCAGCGUCUUCCGUGGCCUGACCGGCUCAAAGUCGACCAAGUCUCCGCCGCCGCUCUCGUCGUCGACGGCGGCGCUCCCCAGAACCGACUUCAGUAAUGCCGUACCAAUAAGCUCUCGUGGCCUAUCCGCAAACCAUAUGGAUGCGUUCGAGCUUUUGAAGCAUGGCAGUCCAUCCGAGCGCAUAUCGGCUGCCAACACCCUUAAAUUCGCCAUAAGCGGGUACCCACUCAACCCCGUCCUCGAGAUUUGGUACGCCGCCAAGGAUAUGAUUGAACCAAACAAGCCAAAUGCGAUGCGGCAGGCCGGCUGGGAGCUGCUGACGGAAUGUGUCAAGCACUCUUCUUCGACAGAUUUAGAGCGAAAAGAGUAUUUCCAGACCGUGGCCGCCCCGGCGAAUCCCGAUGAUUUCCAUCUGCAGCUUGCCGCGCUGGUAGACUUGACUAACCGCGGUAGAAUAUUGGCUGGAUUUGACUAUGAACUGCUCCCCCUCCUCACAAAGUGGCUUCAGGAUGCAUAUAAUGCUGCCCGUACCGCGCGAAGAGCCUCCCAGGCCGCGCGCGGGCAAAGGAGCUCCAAGAACAAAGCUGCUGCAACUGGCGAAGACCAGAAUUUCGCGCAGCUUUUUGCCUUCAUUCUGGAUGUCAUCAAGUUCAACUUCAACCCCGCCGAUGAAAAGUCGAUAUCGGACCUAAUUGAUUGUCUGCUCGAAAUUUGCAUGAGUACUAGUGUUGAAGAGGAUUUGCGUUCCUGUAUAUCCGUCAUUGAUGCCAUUGUAACUUUUGGUUCUGUGCCCAGCAGCAAACUCAAGAGCGCGAUCCAAGUCCUCAGCUCCAUCUUCUGCCUUGUUCAGAACCUCAAUGACGAGUCCUGGAAUACCCUGUCGAAUCUCUGCCUUUCGCACAAUGGCCAGGCGACGGUCCGUAUUCUGCUCGAUGUUCUGCGCAACCCAUCGGCCAAUGAAGUCAGCAGCAAAGACAUGGGGCGAGACUUUAGAAGUGCACUUGCUGUCCUGCGGAGGCUACUGUCCAAGACUAAGCAAAGCGGAUAUCCUCCUGUUCCAUACGCUCUUCUGGCCGAUGGCUUAUCCAAUACCCUCAAAAUCUCAUCAUCGCCAAGAAUCUACUAUGCCAUCCUUCUCCUCAUCAACUCUUUAUUCAGCGACGAGAAUGGGCAAUUGCACCGCUUAAUCCUCGAGGAGGAUUGGUCUCCUCUGCUGGACACGGCAGCGGAAUGCUAUCGCAGGAUCCAAGAAACCACCGAUCCGGCGGCAGGUGACCGGCCAAGGGAUGAGUCCAUGGAUAGCCUCGUCUGUGAGGAAAUACAACUACUUAUCGCUCGGCUUGACUUUGUGGCGAAACAGAAAUCGGGUGAUUCUGUGCCGAGGCAAACGGUCAUCAAGUUCUUCGCCAGUGUGCAUCAACUUCUUCCCGACAACGCGGCGUGUACUGUUCUUGACUACUUUCAAGAAUUCAGGUGCUGCUCUCCUUCAGAUCUGCAAUGGGAAGCCAAUUUAGCUCUUGUACUUGACGGCUUUUUCAAUAAUCGGACCCGCUCGUCGGAUACGCGGCUACGAGCUCUGCAAGCUAUGAUGGAUGCGUACGACCUUGUUGACUUGGUUGGCGACGGAGACGAACAGAACUUUAUUCCUCGCCUUGCCAACAGCAUACUCGAAAAUAUUGCCGAAGAAGCAGACGUCUUGGUCUUGGACGCUGUCAUAUCGUUUAUGACCUCGGUGGUUGUUUCAUGCGAUAUAGACCUCUUUGACUUUGUUAUUAAUGCAUUGCGAGCAAUUGUGAUCAGCAAUCGACUAAAGUCACCCAUUGCAUCGCCUACAUCGCCUCUAGUACGGCCAAGUUCAUCAGGGACUGCCGAGCACACGAGAUCACCAGUAGAACAGUCGCCAUCAAAUGUUGUCACGAGGGGAUAUGUCCGUAUGUUUAUGCGGCUUAUGAAUUUCCACAACGAUAAAAGCCAGAAGCUAUUCAAUGUACUAGUCAGCAUUGCAGCGCUAGAUCAUUGCGAGAUAGAUGCUCGGCUGACAGCCAUGAAACUCCUUUUCAGGCUCCGCGCUGACUGGGCGAAUCGAAUUUUCAUCACCAACAACAGCGUGGAAGCAAUGUCUACUGCCACUGUUCUGCUUCGCACAGAGAGUUCGCUAGCCAAAAAGCAAGCCGAGGAAUUGACAAAUAUGGCUCGUCUGUCAAGAACUGAAGCGACCAUGUCAUCUCGCGGAGUCCGCGGUGUAUCUUCUAGCCAAGGUCAGACUGGAAGCAGGCAGAGUCAAAUGUGGAAGUAUCCAGACCUAGACGCAUUGCCCGAAGCCGCCCCAUCCUUGAAUAGCCCAAUUCUCAGAUCCCAUAUUCACGUCGAAGACGAGACGAAAGAAGAAGAGCACGCAGCUGAAAGGACAGAGUAUCAGCCCUGUGCUCUCAGUCUAUCGGCUUGGCUGAGCACGGUCUUGAAUAUGCUCAAAGGAUGCGAUUGGGAGAUAUACAGCUUUGUCUUGGUGCAUCUGCCAUCGCAGCUGAGCAAUCACGCAAUAUUUAGAGAUGCUAUAAAGGAGAUACAGGAACUUCGCCAAAUGGUAUGCGAUCAGAUCCGGCUGAACGGUUUCCAAGAGCCCCCCAAUGCCCUGGGCCUGCGCCGAGCCGAUAUAGCGAUUUGCCUGUAUCACAGUCUAACUAUGAUCCUCAGCUACCAUGAGCAUUUUAAGAAGACGGAUGAAGACGAUAUCGUCAAGGUGUUUGUCCAUGGCAUUUCUACCUGGGAGAGGAGCGCCAAGUGUUGCAUUCACGCCCUGUCGAUAUGCUGUCACGAGCUGCCACUUUCAACAAGCAGGUCGUUGCUCCAGAUGCUGAACCAGAUGGCUGCUAUCAUCACGCAACCGUUUGUGUCAGUACACAUUUUGGAAUUUCUUGCCUGCCUCAGUCGGUUACACAAUGUAUACGUCAACUUCAGAGAAGACGAGUAUAGAGUCGUCUUUGCGAUUUGCUUCCGAUACCUGGAUUAUGCUAGAGAAAAGAAGCAGAUUCAGCAACGCAACAGCCAUGUAGGCGAGCUACAAAUAUCUGGAAUGUCUGGUGGUUCAAUCUCAGCGGCGUCAGAUUCGUCGCAGCCCGCUCUCUCAGACGACCUUCCACAAUAUGUUCACGCCUUGGCUUAUCAUGUUAUCCUGUUCUGGUUUUUGGCGCUCAAGUUACCCGACCGUGUCAACCAAGUCGGCUGGAUCGCCAAGAAACUAUUUGCAGAUACGGAUGGCCCUGUACAUGCCAUGGAUGAUCACGCCGUCACGUCGAUCGACUUUAUGCAAAGGGUCACGUUUGCAGAUGUUGAUGAGUCGGCAGAAGAUCCUUACUUCACCGAAGAUCGUUUUGGCAGCAUUGCAGUCAAACGGUGGUUAAUUGGAAACAGUAUUGUGACCGUCAAGCAGGCCACAGCGUCUGGGUGGGCUCAGAUCAUUAAGAGACAACCGUCAGGCACGUCGGCAUACACUGUCCGCGAGUCGUACCGACCUCCCCCUCCUCAUCAAAUAGAGAAUCAUGUCGACAUCACUAGAGAAGGCCAGCCUACGUCCAACUCAAUCAUGCCCAGCCACUUGUUGGUGCAACUUAUGUCUCCAAUUCCGCAAUCGCACGACUCCGCGAGACCCAUCCCCUUACCAGACGACGAUGUCACUCAAAGAACCCUUAGAGUCUUUGAUCGCCUUUCUAGUCUGGAUGGCCACAAGGUCGGUGUUAUCUACAUGGGUGAAGGCCAGACUGAAGAAGCCGAGAUACUGGCAAACGUAUCUGGGAGCGACGACUACCUAGAAUUUCUCAACGGUCUUGGGACCUUGACUAAACUUAAAGGUGCAAACUUCAAUACCCAGGGCUUGGAUCGCGAAUUCGAUACCGAUGGGCAGUAUACAUUCUGCUGGAGAGACAGGGUCACUGAGAUUGUCUUCCAUGUCACGACGCAAAUGCCAACAAAUCUUGAACGGGAUUCGCUGUGCGUGGCGAAAAAGCGGCACAUUGGUAAUGACUUUGUCAAUAUCAUCUUCAACGACUCUGGGCUUCCCUUCAAAUUCGACACUUUCCCCAGCCAGUUCAACUUUGUCAAUAUUGUCAUUACGCCAGCGUCUCCAGCUUCAUUCCUGGCCGCUAGGGAGGUGAAUCCAGAGCAGAAGAAAUUCUACACGGUGCAAGUGAUGAGCAAGCCUGGUUUUCCAUCAAUCUCGCCAGCAUCCGACACUAAAAUGGUGUCUUUGAAGGCUCUCCCGGCCUUCAUCCGGCUCCUUGCCAUGAAUGCAUCUGUUUUCUCCCACGUGUGGCAUAACAGGGAGGAAGGCGAGCAUAUCAGCUCAUGGACUGGUCGUCUUCGAGAAAUCAAGCGGCUGCGGGAGAAACACGGGCCAAAGCCCGGCUCUGUGUCCUCAACUUCACCGCCGACGCUCCUCGCCAAUUCAAUGCCUAUCCAGCCGCAGCCUCUGCAGCCGUUCCAAGAUGCCGCUCAACAAGGUGGCAGCAGCGUGCGAGAUAGCUUCAACAGCCUGCGGAGGACAAGCGUGGCCACUUUCUUCACCAACACUAGCGAGCAGACAUCCCAUCGCUCGUCAAUAUUAUCAACAGCCCAGACCAACGACACUGAAGUUGGAACGGUAAAUGGGAUUGACUCGCUCGUUGAAUCAGUUGACUUUUCGAAAUGGGCAUGA